AUGGAUCCUCCACCGUCGAUCUCUCCAAAGCGGAAGCAGGUGCCUAUGACCAACAUCUUGAACACCAAGACACCUGCCCCUCCUUCGUCGUCCGCGAUACCCUCGUCCUCUCCCGCAUUCGGCACUCCAGUACACCCGCUCAAGCCCUUCAAGGUUUCUGCGCCAACGAAGCAUGCCAUCCUUCCCAUCAUUCUGCCACCAGCCACUCUCAGACCCCUUGCCUUCCGAACGUUUACGAAAAAGCACAGCUUGACUCUCACGUCAACGGCGCUUCAAGAACUCGCAACAUUUAUAGGCCGGCAUUGCGGCUCAGGGUGGCGUGAAGAGGGGCUGGCCGAGAAGGUUCUUGAGGAGGUGGCCAAGUCCUGGAAGAAUCGAAAUGGCGGCGUUAUUGUUGAUGGAGCGAGUUCGGAACUCAAGGACAUCUUAAAGACCUUGGAGGGCAACAUGAGCGGGGGCAAGAUCGUCACUGGUGCAAGGGGUUUGAGUCGGCAGAACAGUCUUCUUCUCGAGCCUGGCCAGGACGCAGACUUUUCAAGCACGAGAUUGGGUCUACGGCCGGCGCAAUCUGCUUUGGUACGGGAGGACAGCCAACAAAGCCUUGGCAUAUCAAAUCUUGGCGUCGAGGAGGAGGAGGACGACGACAACGUGAAAGAUGCCAGGAAAUGGCUCAAGGUUAUCGACGCCUACGAGCAACCCAGGUUCUCUUACAACGUAGCCAAGAAGCAUUUCGAAAGGGAGACUUCGAAGCCGUCUUUACUGCCAUCGGCGUCGCACAAGACCGCCCUAUUUCGAAACAGAUAUAAUGUCAUCCACCAAAGGUUACUACGGAAUGAGUCCUUCCAGACAUCGGCCGUGGCGAGCGCAAGAGCGCCGUCGCUCAAGCGCUCGUUAUCAAACCAACAGAACCACAAGAUUACCCCGAUCGCAAACAUGCUGGGCCGGCACGGCAGCCAUCACAUGCUUCUCGGCAUGCUGAACGUGCUACCAGCAGGAGGGCUUGCCAUAAGUGAUCUAACAGCUACCAUCGCCCUAGACCUAUCUCAAGCUGUUGCGAUUCCUGAAGAUUCGGCCUGGUUUACCCCGGGCAUGAUUGUACUGGUGGACGGCGUUUACGAAGAGGAAGAAGAGUCAGUUGGCAAAGGCUUGAGCGGGAGCAGUGGUGUUGGUGGCACCCUAGGUGGCAGAUUUCAAGGUUUCUUCAUCGGACAGCCGCCAUGUGAGAAAAGGAAAGCGACACUGGGCGUCAGCGGACCCGACGGUGGACAGGACCACACUAUAGGAGGUGGAUUCGGCUGGAUUGACUUCCUCGGUGUUGGCAGUGAACGAGCGGUUGGGGCACGCAUGCGAAAACUUGAACAGCGUCUGCUUCCCCGUCACUCCGCCGAAGAGGUUCCUAGUCGUGGUAGGAUGAUCAUUCUUGGCGAGGUGAACCUCGAUCAGCCGCGAACACUGCAAGCGAUGCGCAAGAUUCUGGCCCUAUACGCGGCUGAGCCUGAAGGCUCCAGUCCGAUGACUUUCAUCGUCACCGGUAACUUCACGCAGCACGCCGUCCUCGCUAGGGGUGGCAGCGGCGGCAGCAUCGAAUACAAGGAAUAUUUCGACGCCCUAGCGUCGACGCUCUCGGACUAUCCCACUCUUCUUCAGUCAUCAACCUUCGUCUUCGUCCCAGGGGAUAAUGACGGCUGGGUUUCCUCCUUCACAGCAGGCGCUGCGACACCGUUGCCUCGGAAAGCCGCGCCGGACGUCUUCACCUCCCGUAUCCGCCGUGCAUUCGCCGCCGCAAAUGCAGAACUCGGCGCCAAGGGGGAUGGGGAAGCCAUCUGGACGUCCAACCCUAGCCGUCUGACGGUGUUUGGCCCGAACCAUGAGGUUGUUGUCUUCCGCGACGACAUUUCAGCCCGUCUCCGCCGCACAGCCGUACGUCUCAAGACCUCUAGACAGAAGGAGGGAGAAGAGGGAGACGACGAGAACGCGGCAGCGGACGACGUUGUCAUGGCGGGCAGCGACCCCGUGGAAGAAGGAGAUGGCGCUAUGGAUGUGGACAUACCGAGUGAGAAGCCUGCCGCCAAGGAGGUCGCAUCGAGCCUUUCACAGGAUAUCCACACGGCGCGGAAGCUUGUCAAGACAGUGUUGGAUCAGGGAUACCUCGCACCAUUCCGCCAGGCUAUCCGCCCUGUGCACUGGGACUAUGCCACAGCACUGCACAUCUACCCGCUACCAACAUCCAUGGUUUUGGUCGACACAACAGCACCUCCUUUCUGCGUCACAUACGAAGGUUGCCACGUAAUGAAUCCCGGCAGUAUCUUGGUUCCUGGCAGAACACGCGUUGGCCGGUGGAUAGAGUACGAGAUUGGCAAGAUUGGACGGCUGAGAGAGACUACGUUUUAA